UCCUCCCAACAGAAAAAGGAAAACACAAAAUGGAAUAAAGAGAAUAUUUACAUGAGGUUUUACCCACCAAGAAUAUAGAGUCUUUCUUUCUUUUGGGUGGGGAACUGGUAGAGAGGGGUUAGGAUAUAGUCAGCUAUAACAUCUAGAUGAUGUCUUGAUGUCAUUUAUUUACCUAAAGGAGCCUUGUGACUUUACUGUUGGAAACAAUCCUAUGCCUACCGUGCUAUAGGUGCUUUAUUGUAAUGGAACUGAUGUUAGCCUAUCAGUCUAUUCCAUAAUUGACAAGUUUUAGAAAACUCCUUAGCUUUCUGGUACAAGUUGUGGUUCUUAUUUCUUUUGAAAAAGGAGGUACCCUAUAUGGUUUUGAUAUUGUUACUCUUGCACUAAGAAUGAAAAAGCUAGCCCUUUGUAAAACUAAUUUCACAAUUGUGCUUGGGAAUAAGUGUAUAUCUAUUUAUUGCAGGCGUUUAAUGUUUUGCGGUAUGAGAUUGGACAGAAGUAUGAUUCUCAUUAUGAUUCAUUCAAUCCAUCUGAAUAUGGCCCCCAAUCAAGCCAAAGGGUUGCUUCCUUCUUGUUGUAUUUAUCUGAUGUAGAAGAAGGUGGAGAAACAAUGUUUCCUUUUGAGAAUGGCUUGAAAAUUAAAGGCUAUGACUACAGACAAUGCGUUGGUUUAAAAGUGAAGCCACGCAAGGGGGAUGGACUUCUGUUUUAUUCACUUCUCCCAAAUGGCACGAUUGAUCCGACAUCCCUUCAUGGAAGCUGUCCAGUGAUCAAAGGCGAGAAAUGGGUUGCUACAAAGUGGGUUAGAGAUCAAGAACAGUACGACUAAGCAUCAAAGAUUGCCUUUGUAAUCAUCAUAAUAUAUCUGUUUUGACAUCACAAUUCUAUUUGAGCUUUACAUGAGCAUAGUCCUGUCUAUGUACAGAUUUCUGCAACAAUAAUAAAGUCAAAAGGGGAUACUUGAAUUAGUAACAGGGUGAGUUGGGGCUCAACUUCUGUUUGCUAUGUAUCUUGCUCUAUUUUACUUGCUGUACAUCCUUGUCUAAACUAGAUAAAGCAAACAAACAGUAAAGCUUAAUUUCCAUUAGAGUACCGUCAGAUUUUUUAUUU